GGAGAGAGCCCCCCCCCGCAAGACUAUUCCUACCCGGUAGAGGACCUGGGUUGUUCGAGGCCUCGCCGCGUCGUGUGCCUGUACCUAGGUACCUCGCCAGGGCGCCGCGAACGCGUUCUAAUGCGCGAGCUCAGCCAACUGGAGACGGCGCAGCUCCCGCUGCAGGGCUGGCUCGCCAUGCGGGUGCCAAGCAUGGCGUGGCUCACGACGCGCGGAAGCUGCUCGUUUACGCUCGAUUGCCCUGUUGAUGAAUGUGCACAGAUUCUACGCGCGGCUGUCGCCGAGAUGACUACCGACCCGAAGCCAUACAACUCAUGGAUGGAGGUGCAGCCAGCGACGGGGCGUACGCUGACUCUCUACACGGUGACGAAGCUCGGCUGGCUCGACCCGACUCUCCUCUCACUCUCUGCAGGGCCUUCGGGCGGCACAAAAGUUAGCGCCGUCGGAUGGUCGGCAGGGCUCCUCCCACUCACGGUGCCGGCCGCGCCACUGCUAAACGCGCUCCUCUUCUGGGUACCUUUCUCGGGCGUGUCCUCUAUUCGUGUUGGACAGCUCCGGAGGCACUGCGAGGCCGCCGCCGCUUCGUGAGCUCCGGUGCGUCGCGUGGCGAGGUUGGGAGGUGAUGAGACAGAGGUCGGAUGUGUGUGUGUGGUAGUGGAGCGUGUGGGGUGCGCCCCACUAUCUCCAUCGCUCUCGCGUCUGAGUUUUGACCGUUUACUUUACCUUUACAACCUUACUUUACACUCAAA